CAUUGUACUUUUGUUUUACUUUCUCUCUCUCCCCAACAGACCCUGUUAGAUCCGAACGUGCGGGUCUCCUUCGAUGUACCUUCUCUCUCCUCCAAUAGAACCAGUUUUGAUCUGAAUUCGCAGAUCUACUCUCUUUCACUCUCUUGUCUCUUUCUUUUCCUGUUUCUCUUCUCAAAGACCUAAGGUAUGUUUUGUUCUUGAUUUGUAUGUAUGAUUUUUGAAACUCCAAUUUCUCAAUAUUUUCUCCAACUCUCACCCUUUCCCUCAAAUUUUGUUCUCAUCAUUAUCAGAAUUUUAAACUUACUCAUUUUGAAAUCCUGAUUUCUCAUAUUGGUAUGGUUCCAAACUCGAUCCCUUCUUCCGGGCGGGCGAUGGCUUUCACCUUUGAUCUAUUAACAAUUAAACAACCCAUUAUUUCUUCUGGGAAGAAAAAUUCUUAUUUAUUCUUAGCAUGCCUUGAUUUUAGUAAAAUUCCAUUGCCUUGGCAGAAAAAUUCCUUCUUCUUUUUAAAAUUUUAUUUCUUCGCAGGAAAAUUCAGGAUUUUUUUUUUUGUGUGUGGUUUACAGCAACUGUAUGUAGCGUUGACUUUUGGGCGGCUACUGUAUAAACAUUUAGGAAACUGGAAUACCUUAGGGUUAGGUCUAGAACUAGAUCUAGAUAUGUAGUUCAAUUUUUUUUUUUUUUUUUUUUUUUUUCCCAGCUAGGUCUGUCGUUUUAAUUGACCCAAUGGUCGGCCCAUUUAAGGCCCACUUUAAUUAUCGGCCCAGAACUAAAGUUUUUUUGGUUGUUUCUUGAUGUGGUCGGCCCUUUAAUGUUCCUCCUCCUUUUUUAGGCCCACAUUGUAAUUAUAGGUCCAGUUCAAAGUCAUGUCCUAGAAUUAUUUAAAUCAAAUAAAUCAAUUUCCAGUCACUGUUUCACAUCUUCAGUCACUGUUUCACAUCUUUCACUGUCCGUCACUGUUUCACCGUCACUGUUUCACCGUCAGCUCUGUAGUACAGUAUGUUUACUAAGUUGUUUUCCAGAUUUUACAGCUACGUAAAGUCUGAGAGACUGGGUAUAAAUGAUGACCGAGUACGACUUUGGGGUUUUCAGUAUGGAAAUCUCAGGGACAAUUUUAUUUAUGUCACGUUCAACAUCGACAAAAUGCUCGAGGAAAAUGCAAUUUAUAGACGUGCUGCAAAAGGAGAAUUCAAGGAAACUUCCAACGUAAAGGAAAAUGCAAUAUCUGAAUGUGAAGCUGAAGGUUGUUUUAGGGCAAAUUUGUUUACAAAGAUGCAAGAUGUGCUAUAUGCUGGCAGUGCUCACCCACUCUUCUGGGGAAGAAGGGGACAUCCUUCCAUCUAUGGUUGUCAUGUUUUCCGACGUUUGUAUUCAACUGGUGAAACUCUAUCGGAUAAGAUCUUGUCCUAUUCCAACUUUGAUGAACACAAAGAACUUCUUUUGCGUUACAAUUCCUUUUUCCCAGUAAUCUCAGCAAAGAACAAGUUACCGUAUAGGUCUACAUACAUAUCUAAAUUGGAUUAUAUGCUGUGGAGUCAAAAAGCUGCAUCUAGUCCACGUCAAGCCCUUGUCAUUGAGUAUUUGUUGACAGCUGAUUGGGUGUUUGUAAUAGACGUCCAACAUUCUUUGUUAAAGGAGAGUAUUAAAUGCGCGGAAGUGCCUACCUUAGGCAAGGGUUUUACAAGAGUGAUGUUUGAUGGGUCUUUCAAUCCCUCCAACAAUACAGGAAGCAUCGGAAUUGUUUUUGUGAACUGUGAAGGAGAGUUGAUUGAUUUCAUCAGCCAGCCUAUUGAUACUGUGAUAAAGACAUCUCUCGAAGCUGAAUUUGCUGCCCUCCAAAAAGCUAUAGCAAUAUCCACCAAGGAGAAGAAAUUACAGAAACUGGAUCUUCUUUCUGAUAAUGAAGGCAUUGUUUUUGAAUUGAGUGAUGGCGACAAGCUUGAUUACAUUAAUCUGCGCGAGGAAUUGAAAAAACACACUACAAUUUGGUCUAUCCGUCACGUCCACAGGGAGGGCAACUUAGCAGCUGAUUACUGUUGCUCCUGUGUAUUAAGAGGAGCUUUUUGUGAUAAGGAGGUUGUUAAGAAUCUAGUUGCUAAAGAUUGGUCGAGGCCAGCCUUCGUUUUUAAACAAAAAAAAUUGGUCAAGUCGAAGGAUGCUAGUGGGGAAGAAAUUUGGGUUUCUGCAAGCUGAGCAUUUUUUACUGUUGAUUCUUUUGUGUUUAACAACUAAUGGCUACCUCUACUGCAUUUGUUACUGUUGAUUAUUUAGUGUUGAAACAACUAAUGGUUACCUCUACUACAUUCGGCUGACUUA